AUGGCACCGUGCAGUGUUUGGUUUACAUCUUUUUCUCUGCUGAAACGAAAAAUGCUUCUUCAGUGUUCUGUCUCAGCAGCACUCUGUUCAGUGUCCCUCGCGAAGAGUUCUUCUUCUCUUUCAUCUCCAAACCAAUCAUCGCUCCUUAAAUUCCAUACUUCUCACCGCGAAAACCUCCGAUACCUCACGUCCCUCGGCAUCGUCAAGCCAGAAGUGAAAUCGCACAGAAAUCCGUCUCCGGAAAGCCUACAGCAAGUCUUAUGCACCGUAAAUUCCUUGAAAUCCAGAGGGUUGUCGGAGCCUGAUAUCGCUAGAAUCGCUCAGGUUUGCACUAGAAUCUUCUCUCUUGACUUUAGCCCUCCUGAUAUCCAACCGGUGUUUGACUUUCUAAACGACGACUUGGCUGCAUCGGGCGAUGAGUCGCGUCAUUUGGUGAUGCGGUGCCCUUACCUUCUGGAAUCCAAUGUGGAAUUCUGUCUGAAACCGACGCUUGCGUACCUGAGACAACUAGGGCUGGAAAAGUUGAACUUGCCGACUACUCUGAAUGCUCACCUUUUGAAUACUCGACUGAAGAAAUUGCAGGAAAUCCUCUGGUUCCUGCAGGAUGCUGGGUUGUCGCGCGAUGAAUCAGCUAAGAUUUGUUGCAGAUUUCCAGCCAUAUUUGGGUAUGGUAUUGACAGUAAUUUGAGGCCGAAAUUUAGUUAUUUGGUUAGGGAUAUGAAGAGGGAUGUUGGAGAACUGCUAGACUUCCCUCAAUACUUCGCUUUCAGUCUGAGAAAGCGCAUAAUCCCCAGGCAUUUGUAUUUGAAGCAAAAAAAUGUCAAAAUUUCGUUAAAGAGAAUGCUACUUUGGAGUGAUGAAAGAUUUUAUACAAAAUGGAUGAAAGUUCAGUAG